GCGAUAAUUGUGCAGUGUGCGACUAAAAAACGACGGGUAAGUUAAUCACAAGUGACACGCGGUAAAAUAAGGGCAGAAAUGGACGCAGGUAUGAGCCAGGGAAACGCCGCGUUACCUGAGGUGUGCCGGGUCGGCAUACGAGUGCCACCGUUCUGGCCCGAACAACCGGCGAUCUGGUUCCACCAGAUAGAAGGCCAGUUCGCUUUGAAUGGCGUCACCGCGGACACGACAAAGUACAACUACGUGAUGUCGCAACUGGAACCGAAAUAUGCCCUGGAGGUCCAGGACAUAAUCACGUCGCCGCCGGCCACCAAGAAGUACGAAACACUGAAAGGCGAACUAAUCCGGCGCCUGUCUGCGUCCGAAGGGAGGCGAAUCCAGCAGCUGCUGGAGAAAGAAGAGAUGGGAGACAGAACGCCAUCUCAAUUUCUGCGGCACAUGCAGAACUUGGCGGGUCAGGUUAUGGACUGGCAGGCUACCCAGCAUGAUCCGGGCGAUCGUAAGCGCGCAGCCAGACAUCCCGCUAAACAAGCUUGCGCAAAUCGCGGAUCAAAUACACGAGGGCACAACCCAAGCCCACGUGGCCAGCAUAGCCGCCCCGCAGACCGAGACGACAGAAACAAUGAGAGGCCUGCUGGAGGAGUUCAAGCUCGUCGUCAGCGAGCUCACACGUCCGCGGACCGGAGAUAACCGUUCAACAUCGAGGCACCGUUCGAGAAGACACCGCGACCGUUCAGGAUCCAGAGGCCGACGCCGGAGCGCAUCCCCGCGAAACGUGGACCAUUGCUGGUACCACCAGACUUUCGGAGCGAGAUCCACGAAGUGCCGACAGCCGUGCACAUUCGACGCGGGAAACGAUCGGGCAUCACGGUAAAUGCGGCAAAUUGUGAUGGACCGCGGACCCGCCACCUCUUCAUUCUUGAACGCAGCAAGAACGAAG